CCGCGAAUUGCGAACUUCCUAUUUUUCUCGGUGACUAUUUUCUGCUCCUAUUAUACCACACUUACUUUUAUAUUUAAGACAGUAUGAACGCAGAGCAGCAGGCUGAUGAAACUCACGACAGUCACGGCGGUUGUCCAGUUUCGACACCGGAGGGUUACGACUCGAACAAAGUAUCACUGAAAAGAACUCCCUCCUCAAAGUUUAAGAGAGUGCACUCCAACUUCAAAUCACCUCUUCAAGUAACAGAGAGUGCGAACGUUAGCCCUGCAGAGGAAGUAGCUGAGCUGGAGAGAAGAAGAGAGCAGCUUGACACAGAGAUAGCACAGCUGGAGGCUGAGGGAUGCAGAGUCGGGGAACUGGAGCAUCAUAUUGAUAUGUUGCAUGAAUACAAUGACAUCAAAGACAUUGGACAGUCACUCCUGGGCCGUAUUGCUACUCUCAGGGGGGCGACCACGCGGGAUCUCUACAGCCACUUUGGUCUGGAACUGGAAGACUGAAAAAAACCUGUGACAUAACAGUGGUCAGAAUGGUUCCUCUGACCAAGGAGAGACGGCCUUAAAGAGAAAAGACCAAAGAUUGAUUUGAAGGAACUGUGUUGACUUCAACCUGCUCUCGCAGACACAGGUUCGCCUAUUUUCUCUGUGAUUUUUGUUUUCACCUCUUUACCGAGAGAUAUUUCAAAAGAGGGAAUGAGCAUAAUACGAGGAGAAUGAAGCUGGCCCUGCAUGCAGACAUGACAUUUAAGGCCAUCUACUCAAACCAUUAACUUAAGGCGUUGUUCUGUUUUGACCUUUGAGCUUAUAGGGUUUGGAUAAUGGCUGCGUGAGGGUUUAUUACUUUUCUGACUUUGGUUGGUUAUUCAUCAAAAGAGAGAAUGCCUGAGUGUUAACUUAAAGUGUAAAAUAAAAUGCACUACCUCUUGGUGCAUUAUGCUUUGUAAGCUGACAAUAACAUGUAAUAAAUAAGGCUGUCAGACCACCACAGACCAUAUGUUCCCAUU